AGACAGACAGGUUUUUAUUUUUUUACAGCACACAGCAAGUGUACAAAGAAUUGGAUUUUGUUACAGAGUUCACCUGAUGACUUGUUAUUUAAAGACUGCACUCCCUUUCACCAGUAUAUGAGAUGACACUUCUGCUAUUUAUAUAAGGUGGCCAGUCUAUCCUCUGAACCUCAUCAACCGUGCAUCUAUACAGAUAAUCAUCUGGCACAGUAGUUCAUUGAAACUUCAGCAGCAUGAACACCAUUUUCUUCCUCGUUGAAAUGGUCAGCAUCAUCCCCAUCACUGCCAUCCUCCUCUUCAUCUAUUCCAAGCUUAUUUCCAGCUACCGCUCCAACCAUGUGCUGGACAGUUGUGGCCACGCUGUGCUGAUAACAGGCUGUGACAGUGGCUUCGGGCACCGCCUGGCCCGCUGUUUGGACCAGAAGGGGUUUGUGGUCUUUGCUGGGUGUUUGUCUCCAGAAGGAGCCGGAGCCCAGAGCCUGGUCAGACAGAGCUCCAGUAAUCUGAAAAUCCUCAAGUUGGAUGUCACAAGGGAUGAAGACUUGCAGCAGGCAAAGAAAAUGGUGCAGGAGAACCUGCCAGAGAAAGGUCUGUGGGCAGUUGUGAACAAUGCUGGGAUCUCAGACUGGGCCGAGAUCGAAUGGAGCACUAUUGAAGAUUUCCAACACAUGGUGGAUGUUAACCUGUUUGGAUCCAUUAGGACAUCUAUCACUUUCCUACCUCUGGUUCGUGCCAGCAAAGGUCGGAUGGUUUUUGUGUCAAGCAUCUUUUCCUUCUUCUACUGCUUGAACAUGGGAGCAUACAGUGUGUCAAAGAGAGGACUGGAGGCAUUUGCUGACUGCUUAAGAGUGGAAAUGGCUAGUUUUGGCGUGAAGGUCAGCAUCAUUCAGCCAGGUAAUUUUGGCCAAGCCACUAAUAUCCUGAAGAGGAAAACUGCUUUGGACAUCUGGAACAAACUGGAUGAUGAGAAAAAACGAAUCUUUGGCAGAGAGUACAUUGAUCUGGCCAAUGACUACUUCACGUCAACAUGUAGGGUGGGAUUCAAGGACGCCGAUCCGGUCAUCGCAGCAAUGCUUCAUGCGGUCACAUCUGCUCGGCCGAAACACAGAUACCUGCUGGUCUCCACCAUGGAGAUGUUUUUCUUCAGCAUCUUCCCAUAUCUGCCAACCCUCCUGGCUGAUGCUGUGUUUUCUCUCAGCUCAAUGUACACAUGCAGAAAAGAAAUGCUUUAUGCUAAGCGAGACCCACAAAAUAGCUAUCUGUAAUACUAAGCUCUUCCUAUCGUCUUUAAAAAUUUUAAGGACUUAAUAUACAACAUUUACUGAUGAGAGUGGCUUUAUAAUUAAUAAUACUACUAAUAAAAAUAA